UGGGCGAGUCCUUGAUGGAGGGGGUCUCGGUGGUGUCGCGGGGGAAAUGUUGGGACAGUACAGCUCCAAUGGCGAAGUCGGAGGCGUCAAUGGUGACAUAGAAAUGGCGAGUGGGGUCGGCGAUCUUGAGGACAAGGGUCGUGGUGAUGGUUUGCUUGAAAAAGUUGCGAAUGAACGGGUGGUAAUAGUUGGCAAGGUCGAGGAAGGAACGGAGUUGGAGGAGGGUCUUGGGCAGGGGGUACUAGACGAGGGUUGUGACCUUCGAGGGGUCCAUACCGAUGCCUUCAGCGGAGACAAUGUGGUCGAGGUAUUUGAUGCUCGAAGCGGCAAAUGUACAUUUGCUGAGCUUGGCGUAGAAUGUCUGCUCUCGGAGGAUCGAGAGGACUUGGCGAAUAUGCUGGAGGUGGGACUUGAAGGUGGGGCUAAAGAUGAGGAUGUCAUCAAGGUACACGACGACACAGACUUCGACGAGGUCACGGAAGAUGUGAUUCAUGGUGGAUUGGAAUGUGGCGGGGGAAUUGGUGAGUCCGAAAGGCAUUACGAGGAGCUCAUAGUGCCCGAACCGAGAGCGGAAUGCGGUUUUAUGGGUGUCCUCCUCGCGGAUACGGAUCUGGUGGAAGCCACUGCGAAGGUCAAUCUUAGCGAAAUAUUUGGCUCCACGAAGUCGAUCAAGGAGCUUGGAGAUCCGAGGCAAGGGGUACUUGUUCUUAAUCGUGAUCCGGUUCAAGGCGCGGUAGUCUGUGCACAUGCGGAGUUCCGAAGUUCCACCUUUCUUUACAAAAAGGCAGCUAGUACCGAAGGGAGAUGAACUCGACUUAAUGAACCCUUUUUCAAGGAGCUCAUUGAGUUGCCGCUUCAUUUCUUCGGCUUCGGGGACCGAGAGUUGGUAUGGAGGGCGGCAAGGUGGAGAAUGUCCGGGCUCCAAAUCAAUGGUAUGGGAUACG